CUCGGACACAUAUUUCAUUCUCUUCUCUGAUUGGUUGCCUCACAGCUUCGCAGUAAAACAGCGCUAGCUGUCACUAGAGGAGAGAAGACAGAUUACUUUUUAUCAUUUUCUCCACCGCAACGAUGUCUGAGGAACGGUCUGAAAGAUCGGAUGGGCGGAUUGUGAAGAUGGAGGUCGACUACAGCUCAACUGUAGACCAGCGACUCCCAGAAUGUGAAAAAAUGGCUAAAGAGGGGAAGUUGCAAGAGGCCAUCGAGAGUUUGUUGUCACUGGAGAAGCAAACGAGAACUGCCUCAGACAUGGUGUCCACAUCCAGAAUCCUUGUAGCUGUGGUUCAGAUUUGUUAUGAAGCCAAGGACUGGGAUGCCCUGAAUGAAAACAUCAUGUUGCUCUCCAAAAGGAGGAGUCAGCUCAAACAGGCUGUAGCCAAAAUGGUGCAAGAAUGUUACAAAUAUGUCGACGCAGAGACUAACCUGGACAUCAAGCUGAGGCUUAUCGACACACUUCGCACUGUGACUGCUGGCAAGAUCUACGUUGAGAUCGAGCGUGCUAGGCUAACGAAGACGUUGGCAAACAUCAAGGAGCAGAGCGGGGAUGUCAAAGAGGCUGCUGCCAUUCUGCAGGAGCUGCAGGUGGAGACGUAUGGCUCCAUGGAGAAAAAGGAGAAGGUGGAGUUCAUCUUGGAACAAAUGAGGCUUUGCAUUGCUGUCAAGGAUUACAUUCGCACUCAGAUCAUCAGUAAGAAGAUUAACACCAAAUUCUUCCAAGAGGAGGGCACUGAGGAGUUGAAGUUGAAGUAUUACAACCUGAUGAUCCAGGUGGAUCAGCAUGAGGGCUCCUACCUGUCCAUAUGCAAGCACUACAGGGCCAUUUAUGACACCCCCUGCAUCCUGGAGGACAGCAGCAAGUGGCAGCAGGCCCUGAAAAGUGUGGUUCUGUACGUGAUCCUGUCUCCUUAUGAUAAUGAGCAGUCGGACCUUGUGCACAGAAUCAGUGCCGACAAGAAAUUGGAAGAAAUCCCUAAAUACAAGGACCUUCUAAAGCAGUUCACCACCAUGGAGCUGAUGCGCUGGGCCUCGCUAGUGGAGGAUUAUGGGAAGGAGCUGAGAGAGGGCUCAACUGACAGCCCAGCCACCGAUGUGUUCUCCUAUUCAGAGGAGUCGGAGAAAAGGUGGAAGGAUCUCAAGAACAGGGUGGUGGAGCAUAACAUCAGAAUAAUGGCAAAAUACUACACCAGAAUCACCAUGAAAAGGAUGGCAGGACUUCUUGACCUCUCUGUCGAUGAAUCUGAGGAGUUCCUCUCCAGUCUAGUUGUGAACAAAACCAUCUACGCCAAGGUGGACCGACUCGCUGGAAUCAUCAACUUUCAGAGGCCCAAAGACCCCAACGACCUGCUCAACGACUGGUCACACAAACUCAACUCCCUCAUGUCGCUGGUCAACAAGACCACACAUCUUAUUGCCAAGGAGGAGAUGAUCCACAACUUGCAGUAACACAAGAACAGUAUAAUAUUUUAUAUUUUGUUUCAUAUUCACCUUUUGUUUAUGUGGGCUGGGAGGGGUGUGCUGUAGAAAAUGACAUAUUUGUUUUUACUGUUCAGUAAAACGUUGACAAUAAACAUGAGCACCUCCCGUU